AUGGAGGAUGGAGCCCUAUCCGGCGAUGAAAGUGUGCAGAAGAUCCUGAAAACUCUCAGUGGACAAACAUCAGUGGGUAACAUUCGGCUGGUGAUGAGGAGCAUCAGCAACACCAAUGUCGAUUUAACUAUGAACUUCCUUUUAAAAGAGAUGAUGGGAAGAUGUUUCAGUGUAUGUAUUGCCAGUCAAGCAGAAAACAUGGACAAGCGUCUUUGCUCAGAGUUCACAAUGUCAAGCAAAAAUAAUUCCUUCUGGUUUACUGUUGGGCACUCAGAAGGGCAUCAGGGUGAAAUCUCAGAAAAGCAUGGUCUUUGUUAUUAUCAGGGUUUUUCAAAAAUAUCCUUUGGUCUUUGUCCUUUCUCUGCAAUACCCAUGACUGAUUUCCUCAAGACUUCCCAUAACCUCAGAUGCUUCUCAAAGAUGAAAAUCACUGAGUUUGGUGUGAAUGUGGAUGCACUGCUGUCUUUCCUAAAUUGUGUUCCUAGUUUAACUGCGGUGGACAUACAUUCCGAGUAUCUCACAGAUAUUUGGACUUCCAGGAUUCUGUCCUACCUUCAAAUCAAUCCAAAUAUUUCUCACAUAAAGUUUCAUGUGAGCAAUCUCAUGAUUAGUGAUGAGGAAAGGGUCUGUUCAACAUUUUCAGUCUCUAGAAAGCCAUUUUGCAGGUACAAGAUGCACAUCAGUGAAAGGAAAAAUCCCUCAUCGAGUCUUGCAAUGGACAGAUGGGCUUAUGAUAUUGCAUCUAGUAGCAAUGGAGAGUUGGUACAUUCCCAUCGACUGGACAAACCAGCACUGGUGAAGCUCAACCUCAGUUUCCCUCCUUUUGAAGGAUCUAGUGCCAGUUGGGAGGUUCUUUUCAAAAGACUUUACCAACUCAUUCAGUUGACAGAACAAUGCCCAGAGUUGAAUGAGCAUGUGGAUUCUCUGCUGCUAUUCCUUCACUCUCUUCCUGGUCUGAAGGAAGUAAAAGUUUGGCUAAGCAGCCUAUAUGGGAGCUGGGCGGCUCAUCUGUUCACCCUCUUCUUGUCUUGUUCCAGUUUACUUCACUUGCAGUUGAAUACCAAUAUGUCUGUUAUUAGUGAUGGGGAGAAUCUGGGUAUAAUGAGAGCUGAUAGAGUGAGGCUAUCUGUCAGCUGUAACCAUCUGAAUUAUAUAGAUGAGUGUUGUGAUAUCAACCCUUUUGAACCUCCAGUGCACAAAGUGCUUCCCCGUGUCACCAUCACAUUGACAGAUGACUCUGAGAAUGCAAAUGCUGACUGGAGGAGAUUCUUUCAGUCCUACAACCAGCUAAAAGACUUGACUGGGUGUUCUCCAAGGUAUGACAACAAGAAUGUGUGUGAUCUGCUCUCUGUCCUGCACUCGGUCUCUGGUCUGAAGGAACUGGAUCUUAUCUUCAGAUUCAUGACUGUGGAUGGAGCGUCCAGAGUCCUGGGCCUCAUUCAGAUGAACCCCAGCCUGACUGCAUUAAAUUUUUUGGCAGUUGAGUGGCCUGAGACAAGUAGGGCGAACUUCAAGAAGGACGGUAGGAAUGAAUUCUUCAGUAUCCAUAGAAGGUCUGAGAGUGAAGACAGUGAUUCAGAAGGACUGAAUGGUAUUCGGUCUCAGUCUGCAGGACAGAUGUCAGAUGGCAUGUCCUCACCUCUCAGUGACUGCAGCGAUGAAAUCAAUGAUUCUUAUGAACUGGACAAUGUGGAGUGUAUUCUCUGCUCGGAUCUCAGGAGGUGGAGGAGAUUAUCAGGUAAGUACAGCUUGUUUUUGAAGUGCACCGGCUCCUGUCCCAGUACAAAGUCGCUGUUCUCAUGCAUAGAGCUCACCCUGUCUGAAAACUCAGAUAAAACUAGCAGUUACUGGAAAAACUUCCUACAAGCAUAUAACCUGUGCAAAGGGAUCUCUGUAAGACGUCCUACAUUUGAGGAGAGUGUGGACGCUUUGCAUUCUGUGUCUGGUCUGAACAAGGUGCAAUUGACAAUGGACAGCUUGACUGAGAACUUGGCUCCAAAGAUCCUCUCCCUGUGUCACACAUGUCCCAGUCUCCAUAACAUCUGGUAUGAUAAACUAAAGAGACCAGAGAGACUAAAACCAGUCUGA